CUGUUGUAGCCUGGACUGGACUGAGUAGUCGGUAACCACACCCACAGCUUUUAAAUACGAGCUAGAUGGAGGGGACUGGUAGGAGACUGUUGGUGCCUGGACUGGACUGAGUAGUCAGUAACCACACCCACAGCUUUUAAAUAUGAGCUAGAGGGAGGGGACUGGUAGGAGACUGUUGUAGCCUGGACUGGACUGAGUAGUCAGUAACCACACCCACAGCUUUUAAAUACGAGCUAGAUGGAGGGGACUGGUAGGAGACUGUUGGUGCCUGGACUGGACUGAGUAGUCAGUAACCACACCCACAGCUUUUAAAUAUGAGCUAGAGGGAGGGGACUGGUAGGAGACUGUUGGAGCCUGGACUAAGUAGUCAGUAACCACACCCACAGCUUUUAAAUACGGGCUUGAGGGAGGGGACUGGUAGGAGACUGUUGGUGCCUGGACUGGACUGAGUAGUCAGUAACCACACCCACAGCUUUUAAAUAUGAGCUAGAGGGAGGGGACUGGUAGGAGACUGUUGGAGCCUGGACUAAGUAGUCAGUAACCACACCCACAGCUUUUAAAUAUGAGCUUGUGAAAGAACCCUCUCUCAUACCUGCAACACCAGGGUGGGUCUGGAACAGAGGAAUAGGGAUUAACUUAACAUUGGUCUGUCAUAUCACAUCUUUCCUGUCUGUUGGAAGGUUAGAAGAUGGCUGUGAAUAAGCAUAUCAAGAAGUCGCUCUUCCUCUUCAUUCAACUGUUCUGGAUCGGUGGCUGCGUCAUUCUUGGUGUCUCCAUCUACUUCAAAGUGAGCAAGAAUGGAAACGUGAUAAUGGAUGAGGCAUUGCCGUUUGUAGACCUGCUGAUAGCUGUUGGCGUCAUCAUCAUGGUACUGGGCUUCCUGGGCUGCUGUGGAGCCAUUAAGGAAAACCGAUGCAUGCUCAUUCUGUUCUUCAUCGGGCUGCUCCACAUCUUCAUCCUCCUGUUCAUCGCCGGAAUCCUGGGAGCUGUCGGAGAGAAGAACGAGGAAAGGCUAACUCCUGACCCCAGCGUUGACCACACUGAGUUGUGCAAAAUUGCAAAAGGACGCAAAGGGUACUCAAAGGUAAGCAGAGAAUCACUUAUUAUUAAUAAAAUACUAUUUAGAAGACGGUUUUCAAGGAAGAUGGAUUUACAUGGUAUAAAGAAAACAAAUCAAUGAACGUACAUUACACUGCCACUACCGCUAUAUACUGCAUUACCGCUAUAUUACCACUACUUUACACUACCACUACCCAUACUCUGCCACUACCGCUAUAUACUGCAUUACCGCUAUAUUACCACUACUUUACAGUACCACUACCCGUACACAGCCACUACUUUACAGUAGCACUACCCGUACACUACCACUACUUUACAGUCCCACUACCCGUACACUGCCACUACUUUACAGUACCACUGCCCAUACACAACCACUACUUUACAGUACCACUACCCGUACACAACCUCUACUUUACAGUACCACUACCCGUACACAGCCACUACUUUACAGUACCACUACCCAUACACAGCCACUACUUUACAGUACCACUGCCCAUACACAACCACUACUUUACAGUACCACUACGUACACUAACACUACAUUACACUAACACUACAUUACAUUACCACUACCAUCACACUACAUUCCAGUACUGUACAUCAAAGUCCUAUAAACAGAACCUGUACAGGGAACUGAUCUACAGCCACAUGAAACCAUAGAGGGUUCCAGGAUGAUACAACCACGAACCGCAAAGCAGCGUCUUCGUACAGUCACCUUGACCUGGUGUUAACUAGUGUUGACUGUUUGCUUUGUCCUCUGCAGCCU